GGUGCAGCUGAGGAUGCGUCCUGUGCGCAGCAUCUCCGGGAUGCAGGAUCCUCCUCCUCUGGAAACUGGAGGAGCAUCUUCUCCCUCUGACGUCAUGACAGCAGCAUCAGCUGUUAGCUCCGCUUUAAGCCUUUUCGCCGCCGAUCGCUUCCUGCACAAAGGAAAUAUAUGAGAUCCCCUCUAAUCCCUGAAAUGGCGACACAGGAGGUACAGCUGAACGAGACUCUGGCUCAUCUCAAAACGGAGUCGGAGACGCUGAAGUCGAAGCUGGAGGAGGAAAGAGCGAAGCUGCACGAUGUCGAGCUACAUCAGGUGGCAGAGAAGGUGGAAGGGCUGGGUCAGUUCGUCAUGAAGACACGGAGAACCCUGAAGGGACACGGCAACAAAGUUCUGUGUAUGGACUGGUGUAAGGACAAGAGGAGAAUCGUCAGCUCGUCGCAGGAUGGGAAGGUGAUUGUGUGGGAUGCUUUCACUACCAACAAGGAGCACGCUGUGACAAUGCCUUGCACCUGGGUGAUGGCCUGCGCCUACGCCCCCUCCGGCUGCGCUGUCGCUUGUGGGGGCCUGGACAAUAAAUGCUCAGUGUAUCCUCUGUCCCUGGACAAGAACGAGAACUUGGCUGCGAAGAAGAAGUCAGUGGCCAUGCACACAAACUAUCUGUCUGCCUGCAGCUUCACCAACUCAGAUAUGCAGAUCCUGACGUCCAGCGGGGAUGGAACCUGUGCAUUAUGGGAUGUUGAGAGUGGGCAGCUUUUGCAGAGUUUCCAUGGACAUGCGGCAGACGUGCUCUGUCUGGACCUGGCCCCGUCCGAGACUGGAAACACAUUUGUUUCGGGGGGCUGUGACAAGAAGGCCAAUGUGUGGGACAUGCGUUCAGGACAGUGCAUUCAGUCCUUUGAAACUCAUGAAUCAGACAUAAAUAGUGUGCGAUACUAUCCCAGUGGAGACGCUUUUGCUUCUGGCUCAGAUGAUGCUACGUGCCGCCUGUAUGACUUGAGGGCAGACAGAGAAGUGGCUAUUUACUCCAAGGAGAGUAUCAUCUUUGGGGUCUCCAGUGUUGAUUUCUCCCUCAGUGGCCGACUACUGUUUGGUGGCUACAACGACUACACCAUAAAUGUAUGGGAUGUCCUCAAAGGAACGCGAGUCUCGAUUCUGUUUGGACAUGAGAACCGUGUCAGCACGCUGCGCGUUUCCCCAGACGGGACAGCCUUCUGCUCAGGGUCCUGGGACCACACUCUUCGGAUCUGGGCUUAAGCACCAAGACACAGAGGAUUAAUGAGUAGACAGACCUACUCAAGACACAACGAUGUUUCUGUUUGCCAGAGUACAAUCACAUACAGUAGAGACUCAGCUUUGGUUGUACAUAGGGCAUAUCAAUAGCAGUGUAUAUACUCCCGUCUCUUGGCCAGGGUAGAUUUACAUAUUUCAAAGAGUAAUUAAACCAAAUGUCAAGCUUGCAUUACAAUAUGUCUGAAAGAAAAAUGCACAGAUGUACUUAUGGUUAAAUCUUAAGAUGUAAAAAGUAUGUUGCAGAAAAUAUCAUUGGUAGUGACUUGCAUCAGUCUAGGAUAGAAGUGGCACAAUAAAGUGGUGUAUUGUAUGCGUCUACAUAAAGGACAUUACUUGUUAAUGUAUUUGUUUUUUUACACAAGAAAAUGGAGAAAUUCACUCGGGCAAAGAAAAAACUGGAUCUCAGUGAAAAAAAAAAUAGUGAGGUUGAUUAGAAGUGUUGAAAUGAAUCGAUAUUAUUAGAUAUAAUUAAAUAUUUGCUUAAAAUGUUAAAAGGAAAAUGAUUUUUUAGCUCAUUGAAUAUGAAAUAAAACAGUAAAUUCAUGUGCACCAAACAACCACUUCUCCCUUCUUGACAGUAACUCACCUGCCGAUAUUAUACUAAUCUAAAGAAAAGCACACUUUCAGGAAAACCUAAAUUACACAAUGGUUAUUUUCCACCUUUUUUACUCCUUGUGUUUGUUUAUUUACAGCUGUAAACCACUUACUAUUCAAGGUGCACAUUCAGUCACUAGAGAUACCCUGAACAUGUUCCACCCCAGUACCUAAAUACAUAAAAAAAAGUUAUCUAAAUGUACGCCUUUCAUGCAGUUGUCUGAUGGAUGUAAUUUCAUAUUUACUGUAAUUAUUUUAUUGUAGUUUAGUGUACAGAUAUACAAGGGACUGUUAAACUAAAUAUUACAAGCAAAAUAAACAGAGUUUUGAAUAUCA